ACAAUGUUUGUGUCUUUCUUUUUUAAUAUCUUCAGUAGCACUCAAGCUUAACAUUUGAAUCUUUAUAGUUCAAAAGAUAUCAUUGAGAAGUGCCAUGCGUAAGAACAGUUACGCACCAUGCAAUUCAUAUGUCACAAGUUGUGGCUCUGUGUUAAUUUGUAAUAAUUCGUUUUUACAUAACUCUAUGACUGUAAGACACAUUAAAUUAAAACUAGUCUGUAAUACAACCUAAAAUAAUUGGAUAGGUUAAAUUUAACAGAGUGUCUUAUAAAAGAAACAGUAAUAAUGCUGUAAACAGUACGCAUGUUGUUUUUAGUCCCCUACCGGUGAAACCGGAGAGCGACUUAUGAUUUGCGCUCUGUGUGUCUGUCAGUCUGUCACACUUUUCUUGAUCCUGCAAUAACUUUAAAAGUUCGUCAUAUUUUUUCAUGAAACUUGAAACGUGGACAGAUGGAAAUACGGAGAUUAUGCACGUCAUUUCAUUUUGAUCAUAUGUCAAGAAUUCUGGUUGCUAUGGCAACAAAUAGACUAGAAAUAUUGCUUAAAAUGGUGGAUCCUGCGAUAACUUUAAAAGUUCUUCAUAUUUUUUCAUGAAACUUGAAACAUGGAUAGAUGGCAAUAUGGAGAUUAUGCACGUCAUUUCAUUUUGUUCCUAUGUCAAGAAUUCUGGUUGCUAUGGCAACAAUUAAACUACAAAUAUUGCUGAAAAUGGUGGAUCCUGUGUAGGUAGGGGACUUUUAUUGCUUGGCAAUAGUCUUGUUUAAAACUGCUAUUUAUAAAUAAUGGUCCCUUAUAUGUUCACUCCUAUGUGACAUCCCAUUAGAAAGUCAUGUAAGCAUGUUUACAAUUGGAUUCCAAAGUCUAUCCUGGAAUAAGGCACUGCUUAUAGAUAUACUCAUGGGCAACUUAACCAAUUUUUAUUUUCCUUUAAAACAUAUUGUAUUGCAAUACUUGAUUAUAAUUAUUAAAUAACGGGGAUUGGCAAGAGAAAUAAUUUGACACUUGUGAAUCUAGGAUGAAACAGUGAUUCUUUGGGAGAAUAACAAAAUGACAUUUUUUCAAGAAAAUGUAACCUUUCAUUAGGAAACUAUAUGACAAAUGGCGGGAAAAUCGUUCAAGAUCCUAAACGAUGUGUUUCUCAUAAAUGGUUAUUAAGUUGAGUAUCAAUAAAAAUAAAAAUCAACAACAACAAUUCGCAUGGAUUUUAAAGCUAAAGAAAAAUUAAUCGAUUAUUUUUUUACAGGUAUUUUAUUGCAAUCUGACACGCCCACACCUACGCGAAUUCCCAGAGUGCAAUAUUCUAAGAUGGCGGUUUGAUGUAAACAUUGGUUCCUGUUUCGCUGAGGAUAUCGCAUUUUCUGUACAGUUAAGAAUUUACAAGUGUUGUCAUCAAAUUUACAUUAGACGAUCGCAAAAGUUUGUCAUAAGCGACUAAUGCCAUGAAAUAAAACAACGGAUAUUUGGAUUAAUACUUCAAGCGUUAACUUAAAGUCAAGGUAUGACAAUGCUAGGGCGUAGAUGAUUUCUACGGAAUGGCAAAGGGUGCCUGGUCCCAUCGUGAGUACCACCUCGGCGUCUGUGAAAGUGACGAUGAGGAAGAAUCGCUGAAAAGCCCUGUCCCGGGACAUCAUCUGAGUAUACGCAAGCAGACGUCAUAUAGGAUCAACAAUACAAGGGAGUCGUUUGAAAGCUUGCAGAACGGCUACAGUGAGCCGAGUAGCCGCAGUCAAAGCCCAAAUCCUAGGCCUGUAAAUCAGAUGGUGUUGGACUUCCUCAACGGACUAAAUCUACCGCACAUUGACAGCAAGGAUGACGAGAACUAUGAGGACCUCGAAAACGAUAAUGAUGACAACAAUGCAGAAGAGGUAGAGUACGAUGAUGAUGAUGAUGACGACGACGAUGACUAUAUAAAUGCGGUUACCUUGGCAGUGCCAAAUAUAAAACAGCAGCGAUCAACAUCGAUGGAUGCGUGGUUCAUGGGAAAUGAAAACACAAAAUCCUCACAAAAACAUGGAGUACAAAGACAGAAGUCCUUUGAUAGUGGUGACGUUUUGGAUGUUGCUAUUCAGAUACGAUCCAGUUCAGUGGAUGUCAAUUUACCGACUGAGCAAGAGUCACAUUACAAGGCCAUUCCAAAUUCAGAUCCAAGGAAAGCAAUAUCUAAAAAUGCCUUCAACCAUUCCACAUACCUUCACCCGCACUAUGGGGAGCCUUCCAAUCCUGUGCACAGACAGAUCGCUUCUUGUGUUGACUGGUCGGAGCAUGCCGUGAACAGUGAGCAUAUAUGGUUGGAUACCAACGCUUCCGGUGACUUCUGCUACGCCAUGGAACAAGAUUGUGUGAACAAGGGGCCAAGAAAGAAGUGCAUGGCAUGUAAAAUAGUUGCCCAUGUGGGCUGCAUUCCUAUACUGGAGACGGAAACUCCACUGAAGAAAAACCUUAAAUGCAAGCCAACAUUCCGAGAGGCCGGGGUCCGUAACUAUAGAGAGAAUGGGAAUGGGCCUGGUCAUCAACAGUUGAUGCGCCACCACUGGGUCCACCGGCGGAGACAGGAUGGCAAGUGCAAACAGUGUGGAAAGUCUUUUCAGCAGAGGUUCACAUUUCAAAGCAAGGAGAUCAUAGCAAUAAGCUGUUCCUGGUGCAAGGCGGCGUACCACAACAAAAUCUCCUGUUUCAUGAUGCAGCAGAUAGAGGAGCAAUGUCUUCUAGGAGUUCACGCUGGCAUCAUUGUGCCGCCAUCUUGGAUCAUCAAACUACCAAAGAAGGGCACCUUCAAAUCAUCUUUGCGGAAGAAAAGUAGAAACAAAUCAUCGAUGAAGCGUAAGAGUAAGGGCGGUGUUAAAGAGAUUAUAGACGUACAGCGCCCGUUCAUCAUCAAGCCCAUUCCCUCCCCUCUGCUCAAGCCUCUACUGGUGUUCAUCAAUCCGAAGUCCGGUGGUAACCAGGGCGGCAAGCUUCUUCAUAAGUUCUGUUGGCUAUUGAACCCUCGACAAGUGUUUGACCUUAGUAAUGGCGGACCAAAAUUGGGGCUGGACCUCUACAAAAAAGUGCCUAAUUUGCGCGUGCUGGUGUGUGGUGGGGAUGGUACAGCAGGCUGGAUCCUCAGUGCCAUAGACGCCCUCAACCUGCCCGCCCCACCCCCCGUGGCCAUACUGCCCCUGGGGACGGGCAACGACCUGGCAAGGACCCUCAACUGGGGCGGGGGUUACACUGAUGAACCUAUCAGCAAAAUCUUAUGCAAUGUGGAAGAUGGACAGGUUGUGCAACUGGAUAGAUGGGACUUGCUAGUGGAGCCCAAUGCUGGGGUCACGGACCAUGACCCCAUCGAGGAAGAGGUCAAGGACAAGCUGCCCCUGGACGUGUUCAACAACUACUUCAGUCUGGGGGCGGAUGCUCAUGUGGCCCUGGAGUUCCACGAGUCCCGGGAGGCAAAUCCAGAAAAAUUCAACAGCAGAUUCCGAAACAAAAUGUUUUACGCAGGUGCUGGUGGCAGGGACAUGCUCAAACGAAGUUGGCGGGGAUUUUCUGAACAUAUAAGACUUAUCUGUGAUGGGGUGGACUUCACACAGAAGAUUGUGGACAUGAAGUUACACUCCCUUUUGUUCCUCAACAUACCAAGAUACAGCAGUGGUACCCUACCCUGGGGCAACCCCAAUGCGUCCGGGUUUGAGCCCCAGAAACAGGAUGACGGGUACCUGGAGGUCGUUGGCUUCACGUACUCCUCACUGGCCACACUGCAGAUUGGAGGUCAUGGUGAGAGGCUUACUCAGUGCAGAGAGGUCAUCCUGACCACGGAGAAGCCCAUACCUAUGCAGGUAGACGGGGAACCGUGCCGCCUGUCACCCUCAAUCAUUCGUAUCAAGCUGCGCAACCAGAUGAAUAUGAUCAUGAAGCCAAAACGACGAGGCUCGGUGCCAAUAGCAAACGAUCCGGAAUUUGCUUUUUUCAGUCCGCCAUCAGUACCCGAGCGGUUGCGCAUACAAGUGAGUCGUAUCAGUAUGCGGGACUAUGAGCAGUUAAAUUACGACAAGGAUAAACUCAGGGCAGCUUCGGUACCGGUGGGUAUAAUCGUGGUGGAGAACAGUGCCAAUCUGGAGGAGGUACGGCUGCAUAUCAACCGCCUUCAACAGGACAUGGUGCGGUCUACUGACCACCUCGACAUGAGUGGAUCCUCCAUCUCCAACAAAUGGUGCUUUCUUGACUCUACAACUGCAGAAAGAUUCUUCCGUAUAGAUCGAGCACAGGAAAAUCUUCACUACAUAACGGACAUCUCGUCAGAAGACCUCUACAUACUGGACCCUGACAUGGCCCUGAAGGGAAGAACCAACAACAACAUCGAAUCGCAGCUAGACAAAAAUACUGGUCUCGUGAGAGAGAAUUACGAGCCAACGAGGAACUUGGUGUUCACGUUUUCGAUGCCUGUAACCCCACCAAAAUCACCACGAUUGGAUGGUCGCCAGAUUCCGAGACCGGAAAGCACUGAAAACCUUCUGUCUCCACCUAACCAACCUGGCUCCAACAACAGUUCCGAGCCUGGCUCCCCUAAUGUUCCUGCUGCCAGCUCAGCAAAACCCUUUCACUUUACCACAACUGGCGAUAGACCAAAACCUCUGUCACCCACCGAUAAAAUGAUGAUAGAUGCCUCUAAACGUGGGGAUCUUCAAAAGCUCAUGGACCUGUACAACACAGGCAACGUGGACCUGCUGUGUACGGACCAGUACGGCAUGACGGCUCUACAUCACGCAGCGCGCUUUGGCCAUAAAGAGAUAGUGAAAUUCCUCAUCAAGAAUGCGCCGCCAGUAAUUUUAGACAUGGUGGAUUAUGAAAAAGGACAAACAGCAUUACACAAAGCUGCCUGGUACCAGCGUCGCACAAUCUGCUGUGUGCUGGUGGAGGCGAAGGCCUGCCUGACACGGAAGGACUGCCAGGGUAACACACCCCGCAUGCAGGCUCUCAGGGCAGACGACAGGGACCUGGCUGCAUACCUUGAGAGUCAGGAGCAUUUCCAGAUGGUUGUUUCUGAAGACCAGGAGACGGCUGUUUGAUGACCUGCCACUGGAGUCUCGACACCAGAAACUUUUACAAUGUGGAAGCGGCAUGACCUAGACCUUUUGCUCACCAUAACGAUGAAAAUAUGUGCAUGACAACGGACCUUUUUAGAAAAAAUCCUGUUCUCUUUCCCAUGGAAACCAAAGAAAAUACAAAGUGGUUGUCAUUAAAAACGUAAUUUGCAAGUUAUUUAUUUUAUAUGCCAACCAUGUAUUCAGGAUUUUGGAUAAUGCUUCAAAUCAAAGCCUACCAGAAAAAGCUCUGACAGCCGGUGACCAUUGGUUUUCCAUUGUCUGGUUGUUACCAAGUGAAAGUUGUUGCAACCAGUUUCGACUAGUUUAUUAAGUGCAGACAUUUUGGCAGGUUUAUUGUGUGUUGAUUGUGAUCCAAACUCUGGAUUCAAAUGUGAUGAUAAGAAUUGCUCUUUCCUACAAUAAAGCAUAAACUUUAGCGUGUAUGCAAAAUCGUUUGCAACAAAUUACACCUAAGUCCGAAAAAAUAAUUUUUAUUUGUUGUUAUAUUUUUGAAAGAAAAAUUUUACGUUACAUAUUAUAAUAGAUUUUUUUUAUACACUUCUAAGAAGGGUGCAUCCCAAGCCCUUUGUCUCAAACCACCCCCUUAAUCUACAGGGGCAUGUGUUUUAUAGGCGAUUGCUACUUUAGUGUUCAGUUGUUUGCACUAUACUCAAAAGUAGUGACAUGACUUCAUAAGUUCUCAAUAUCAGUUGAAAUCUCAACCAUAAAAAGUGACAAUGGAAAAUCUGAGUAUAGAAAAUUUUCGAAAUGGAAUCACUAUGUACUUGCUCUACACAGAUAGUUCUAUCAGGCAUUGUCCAAAAAUAAUGUGUACUGUUCUAGCCUAAAACUGAGGUUUUAAAGAUCAUUCUCUCAGAAAAUUUAAUAUUUGCAACUCAAGAAUACCAAAAUAAGUAGGUUGAGACUUGUAUUGAUAAUUAGACCUUUACAAAGUCAUGUAGCUGAUUUGCUCCCCGCAUGUGUGACAGGUGCAUGUCUGUGACCUUUUAAAAAGGUUGUUUUUAUAACACUACAAAGGUCAAAUGUUGGCCUUUUCACAAGUAUUGAGAGGUAAACCAUUGUAUCUGCUGUAACAUUGUUACAAGUAUUGAGAGGUAAACCAUUGUAUCUGCUGUAACAUUGUUCACAAGUAUUGAGAGGUAAACCAUUGUAUCUGCUGUAACAUUGUUCAGCCGAUACUUCAGUUUCUUGCUCAACCCGACAAAAACUUUGUUUAAAAUUUCACCCAGGACAAAAUCAUCUUUAAUCAUUUUUGUAUCAUUCAACUUGUCUGUUAAUCUGCUUUGGAAAAUAAAGUUGUUAAUAUCUAGUGUUUUUAUGUGACCAAUUUCGUUCACAAAAUAACACCAGACUUUCUUAUGUUUAACAUAUGGUACAAAAGUUUGACAGUAUUCUGUGGAUCAGAAUUACUGAGAAGACUUUGUUGUUGUUGUUAUUGUUGUGGAUAAUUUUAUAAACAUGUUGUACUGUCAAUAAUUGAUUUAUAAGGAUGAUAUUGCACUUAUGUUUGUUCUUCUUUUUUAUGCUUUAAUGUAUAUGUAAUUGUUAAUAAUUUAUAUUCAUUUGAUUGAAAUACUAAAACAAAAAUAGUUGGUUUGCGUCUUUAAAAUUUGGGUUUGCGUCUUUAAAAUUUGCUUAAGUCUGUUAUUAAUACAUAUAACAAUACUGAAGCUCUGUCGUUUUUCCUGAACUGUAUUGAUGUAUACAUUUAUUUGUAACACAUGACAUUUAGGAUGCAUUUUGUCUAAGUAAUAGCAUAAAGGAAGAUAAUUGAACAAUUUGGGAAAUUAACAAAUAUUGAGAUGUUAUAUCUGUUAAAUUAACAACUUGGGAUUUUGCGUAAUAUUCAGACAUUUAAAAAAAAUUGGUAUCAACUUAAUUUGGAGAUUUUUUUAACAAUUUUGCAAAUGAAAAAAACAACAGAUUUACUUUUUUUCAAACCCAUUUUAUUUUAUAUUAUUUUAUGUGAAUUUAAUUCAUUAUUUGUACACCUGUUGUGUUAAUAAAAUGGAGCACUGUAAAUUGAUUUUCAGUCUUUAGUAGCACAUUUUUUUUAAACAAUAAUUGUGUGCUAGUUGCACUUUUUUGGCUUUUUUCAUUAUAUUUUUCCCGUCUUUCUUUGUAAUCUUUUUAAGCAUGUUAUUGAGAUAUCAUCAAUUUAUGUAAAAAAGUUUUCGAACGUACAGUACACAAUACUUUUUGAAUACAUUUUAAAACAGAAGUCUCCAGAUAUUGAAUGUGUCAGCAGACUGUGGCAGGUUCUGCAGGGUUGUUAGGAAUUACUACAUUUCCGAGACACAACACAUUUUACUAUAAACUUUAAGAAAUGUCUACAUUUCACAACAACUUUAAGAAUUAUUACGCAUUGUGGUUGCUACAGUUCAUAGAUAUAGCAUAUAUGACAUCUGUAUAUCCAAAUGUCUCGUGCCAAGCACACGUCCUAUGUAGUAUAUAUAUAUAAUAUAUAUAUGUAGUCUGUGUGUUAAAUGGGUUCAGAAAAUCUUCCUUAAAAAUUGAAUUGCUUCAAUGUAAGCUCAGUGUUAUACUUACAUCCCUUGUAUUUAAAUGCAACCGCAUCAUGAAAAGCCUAAGGUUUUUAUGCCCCCUUCUUCGAAGAAGCGGGGGUAUAUUGUUUUUGGCCUGUCUGUCUGUCUGUCAUUGUAUGUGUGUGUCCACCUUGGUUGAAGUUUUGCAAUAACAAGGAAUAACUUUUGAAUUAUUGAAGAUAGCAACUUGAUAUUUGGCAUGCAUGCACAUCUCAUGGAGCUGCACAUUUUGAGUGGUGAAAGGUCAAGGUCAUCCUUCAGGGUCAAAUAUAUGGCUUCAAAUUGGCACAGUAGGGGGCAUUGUGUUUCUGACAAACACAUCUCUUGUUUCAAUGAGUUACAUAGCCGUUAAGAUUUAUCAUCCUACAUGGGGGCAACUUCUUGUCUCUUGACUCUCAUUUCAAACUUGCAAGGUUUCUCUCACUGUUUAAAUUGUCAGUUUAGUGAAAUUAGUUGCUUUAAGCUACUUACAUGCAUAUUUACUUUAUGCACAAACAAUAAAGAAAACUUGUACAAUUUUAGUUGAAAUUCCCAUUAUUUAUUUAAAAUUUCAUACAUGUAUAAAUUAAAAGAAGAUAUUUUAACACAGAUAUAUUACAGAUAGACACGGGUUUCUGGUAACUGAAUGAACUGUUGGAAGACAAAAGGAACAACAAGUUUUGGAAAACUCCUGUUAAUGCUUUAAUCAUCUGUUUUGUUUGCAGUCAAUAGAUGCAUUACACAAUAUAAUAAUGUGAAUACAGUAGCAUUAAUAAGUGAUAAACAACAAUAUAUUAUUAUUUAUUGGAUCAUAUUGGAUCUUAAACCAUAUACUAUUGUAGUUAGUAGUCCGUUAGUACAUGUAUAUUUUAAAUACUGAUAUACAGGUACAUGUCUUUAUUAAUGUACUAACCAAUUAAAUGUUGCAUUAACACAGGCAAUUUUAUUGACAGAAUGCCAAUGACAUUUCAAGUUGCCAUGUUUGUCUUUAAGGUGUGUAACUAUAUUCAAAAGUACUUUUUCUACGAGAUUAUAUAUUUUGAUCAUUUGUGUAUUUUCAUAUUGAUUAUGAUCGUUUGUAUAUCUGUUUAACGUUUUAUAACAAAUAUACAUAUCAAUGUUUCAUGUUUUGAUGAUAAUCAUCGAAUUUCCUCAAGUGCUGUAAGCAUUUUGAGAUGUGCCCAUAAUGUUUGCCAUUGAAGCUUAUAAUGGGAACAAUGAGUACUGUACGCUAUGUGUUGCUACAAAACUGUUAGAUUGUUGACUUUGUAUUCCACUUGUAUAUCUGAAUGUUGGUAGUUUUAUUUAAAUUUGCAGGGCCAAUCUUAUUGCUAGCCUGUUCAGCCCAGUGCUACUAAUGGAGUAGAAUAAAUUAAUUUAAAUAUAAUAAUAUACUCAUCGGUAUUGGUAUGAUAUACACAAGCAUAAAAUAUGAUAAUAUAAAAAUAGGCAAUUUCGGUAAUUAAGAGUAAUUUGUAUAAUUUUGCCUCACAGUCUAUAAAUUUGAUCUUUACUAUUUUGGUUUAAAAUACUUUGUACAAAAAUUGUUAAAAGAAAAUUUACAAAAUAAUUGUUUAAAAAAACAAUGUGCAUUUUGAUUAAACUUGGGUUAGCUCUUUUGAUAUAAUGUAUUAUAUGAACUCAUGUUAAAAAUCUUGUAAAUGUCCCGCAUAUUAUACCAGGUGCGCCCCACAAUACAGGUUGUGACUACGUUGCCUGGUACAAUAUUUGAAAACCGUUGUCACCUACAUUAAACUGUUUUAUUCACAAGUUAUUUUAAUUCUUACUGGUCAUAGAAACAAUCACUUGCAAGUUUCUUGAACUACUUAAAUUAUUGCAAGUCUUGACAUUUGUGCUUUUUUUGUUUAUAGGAUUUUUUUGUCUGUGUACAAUGUAUAAUUAAACUGCAAUUUCUUGCACACUAAUUCAGUUAGAAAUAUGACAUUAUGAAGUAUGUUAAAUAAUAUGAACAAUUGCCAGAUAUAUUAAAACAAAAACAAAUUUAAUUCAAGAAGAACACUUUCAAAUAUUAUAUCAAUCUUUUAUCCUCCAAUUCAUUCUAAAUAUUUAAUAAAAAUCAUACUUUUUUAAUAUAAAGUAUUUUUUUGCUAAGGUACAUUUACAAAUGAAACAUUGGCUUUCACUUUAACUACUUAAAAUUAGCUUGUUUUGUCUAAAUAAAAACAACACCCAUCGCUUUUGAUUUCUUAAUACACGUGUUCUUCCUUUUUAUAGCACACAAGAAACCCUGUGUAUGUCAGAUACGUAGUAUGUGAAGAUUUUCUGGUAUAUUUUAGCUCCAUGUUCAGACUGGAUAUUGUGCUAGAAAAUCAUUUUCAGAUUUCCAACUUAACUGCAUGUGCUAGAAAUCUUGUAUUUAUUAUUUUAACAUUCCAAUAAAGUUACUACUAAAAUA